AUGAGGAUUGCGAUCCGAGAGCAGCUGGCAGUCUUGGUACUGCUAGCUGUUCUUGUUUCCCUCGCCAUUCUGUCGAUUCCGACGUGGGUUUUCGUUAAUCGCUUCGUUGUUAGUGUCGAGACCAAUGCUCUGUCCCUGGCUGCCUCACUCAAGGCAAGCUCGGUCGCAGCCGAACUCGAACUGCUACAGACCACAACGAGGACGAUAUCCACAAGGAUUCUAAUCCAGAAUGCGUUUAGAACAUUCUAUCUUGGAAACACGACAGAGGCAAACUGGGCUAGCGCAAGCACCGAUUUGCAGAGUGCCCUCAAUGCCGUCAGUGGCGGCUCAACCAAUCUACUUCAAGUGAAAUUGUACUCGAGAAACACGACUGGAGAUGUUCAUGGACUCUUCAACCUGACUGGUACCGACUUGGGUUCUAUACUGCUACCCUAUGGCGAUCCUGAUGGUUCACCAAUCUACCUUGGCGAUACCGAAUAUGGAUACCCAACACGCCUGUAUCCUAACAUCACUUACUAUAACUCGACCACUCCGGAUCCUCUUGAUACUUCGACGACACUACAGGUUGCUCGUCCGUGGCCAGAUAUCAAGAUCGACAACCCCUCAAACGGCUUGAUCCUUGGCCCUCUGGUUAUUAACACAAGCUAUGCACUGGUGUCGUUGACAGUUCCCAUCAAAGAUAAUCUCAACAGUGGCGUGGUCCUCGGGUACAUGACUAUGAUCGCCGAGGCCACUGCUCUUCUUGGCAUUGUCGAUUCACGCGAGGGUCUCGGAAAUAGCGGCUCCCUUCUAGUCAUCGGUCCUGACACCGGAUGGAAUAGGUUCAGUAAGUAUAACCUGCCAGCGAAUAGCACCAACGAUGCCGCGUCCAAUAUUUCCGAUGCAACUGUCAGAUUUGUGCUCCCUCCCACGAUAAUCUCAGGCUAUGCCGACAGACACUCGGACCGAAACUUCGAGCAGCACACAUGGGCCACAAACUUCCAGCUCAAGGAGUAUCCUGCGGUACUAGCCGCCUUCAAGAAUCGCAAUGCAGCCACCAACAAUGCUAGCAGCUACAUGUCUACCACGAACGAACAAGGAGUCAAGGUUGCUGUAGGCUAUGCUCGUCCCCAGACGAGCCUCGUGAAUUGGACGCUGGUCGUGGAGCAGGAGAAACAGGAGGCUUACGCCCCAAUUUCCACUCUGCAAAAGAUUAUCCUCGGCUGUGUUUUCGGCACAUUUGGACUUGUCAUUAUUCUUAUCUUUCCUUGCGCUCAUUUCAGCGUCCAGCCAAUUCGUCAGCUCAAAAGUGCCACGGAGAAAUCGGUUGCGCCACCUGGGUACGACUAUAGAGACGAGCUCGAUUUCGACGACGACGAUGAGGUUGAUCCAGAGAAUCCCGCAUCCACGGGAAUCUCCACCAGGUCAGAAAAGGGGUGGCUGCUCAGUUUGAAACGGAAAAUGCGUGGGAGGCGAAGACCUGCACCAUCGGAACAUGACAGCGAUCCAAGGCGCCGAAUUUUCAAAAUACCUGGAAGGGUCAAGGACAGGAAACAUUACAUCACAGAUGAACUGACGGAGCUGACUGAUGUCUUCAACGAGAUGGGCGAAGAGCUACUCAAACAGUAUGGCUCUCUCGAGCAGAAGGUGGCCGAAAGAACCAGCGAGCUUGAGGUCAGCAAGAAGGCUGCCGAGGCAGCGAACGAAAGCAAGACACUAUUCAUCGCCAAUAUUUCACACGAACUCAAGACGCCACUCAACGGAAUCUUGGGCAUGUGUGCAGUGUGCAUGGAAGAAGACGACGUUGUUAGGAUCAAGCAGUCCUUGAAAACGCUAUACAAAUCGGGCGAUUUAUUGCUACAUCUGCUCGAGGACUUGUUGAGUUUCUCCAAGAACCAGAUCGGACAACAAUUGAGGCUCGAAGAGAAGGAAUUCCGACUGGGCGAUAUUCGAUCUCAAGUGUUGACCAUCUUCGACAAGCAAGUUCGCGAGGGGAAAAUCGAUUUCAGCGUCACAUUCCUGAGUACUGAUAUGGAUCCGGGCAAAAGCCCCGAACGCGAAAGUAUGGAGAUACAAGAUCCCAAGCUACCUGCCAUGGGACCUCAAGGCGUUGGAAGGUUGAAGGAUAUGUGUCUGUGGGGAGAUCAACAUCGCAUUCUCCAGGUCGUCAUCAACCUGGUUAGCAACAGUCUGAAGUUUACGCCUUCUGGAGGACGCGUUUCUGUACGAAUACGAUGCGUGGGUGAGGUAGAGCACCAAUUUGACGAGAGUAGAACCUCUUCGUUCUCUCGUGGCUCUGGUCGCGCGGGCCGCACUCGCCAUAGGAUGGGGUCUGGGUCCAAUCGUUCGAACCAUUCUGGUAGCUCGAAAGGUGCAGCGACACCGCAACCUUAUAAGGGAGGCACUGCCUUGUCCAUCAACCCUUUGGACCCAAAGGCCACUCCGCACAUCCACAUUCGCGAGAGAUCACCAACGCCUCCACCCCCUGGUGCAAGAUCAUACUUGUUCGAAAUCGAGGUGGAGGACACCGGACCUGGUAUUCCGGAGCACAUGCAGCAACGAGUUUUCGAGCCAUUCGUUCAGGGCGAUCUCGGCUUGAGCAAGAAAUUUGGCGGUACUGGUCUUGGUCUCAGCAUCUGUCAUCAACUGGCGGGUUUGAUGGGAGGAUCCAUUGGAAUCAGGAGUACAGUUGGUGUGGGGACAACCUUUACAGUACGAAUUCCACUCAAGUACACCAGAGAAAGGGCAUCCAGCACCGCAUCAAGCAGUGUCAAGUCGCGACCACCAAGUGUCGUGUCUGCUCCAGCAGAGGCAGAAAGUCAUCGUAACUCAGUUGGAAGCACCACGACGGCCGAGGCUAAAGUGACUGUCUUGGAGAACCAACCCCGAUUGAUUGGUCUCAGUGCUCCGUUCUUUGCUACCAGCCCAGGUCCUUCGCCGACACCCAGCAAGAAACGUCAGCUAGAAGCAAUAGAUCGCGCUAGGGCGGCCAAGGCCGGUGGCAAAUUGCGUGUAUUGGUUGCUGACGACAACUCGGUCAACGUCGAGGUAGUCAGCAAACUGUUGAGGUUGGAAGACAUUUAUGAUGUCACUAUUGCCAAGGAUGGGCAAGAGGCAUAUGAUAUUGUAAAGGCGAGCAUGGACAACAACAUUAGGUUCGAUGUCAUCUUCAUGGACAUUCAAAUGCCUAAUCUAGAUGGCCUGCAGAGCACUCGGCUGAUCAGAAAGAUGGGCUACGAGGCGCCGAUUGUUGCUCUCACCGCUUUCUCGGAAGAAAGCAACGUGAAGGAGUGUAUGGAGUCUGGCAUGGAUGAGUUCCUGGCCAAACCCAUUCGCAGACCAGCCCUGAAGCAAGUCCUAAAGAGAUUUGCCACUAUCCCCGAGGAGCCAGAGGUUGCUUCGCUCCAUAAUACCAAAAUGACGCCAGAAAAGACGACACCGGAUAAGAUGACACCAACUGCCGAAACCCCCCCUGGCAGCGAACAAAAGGUCACUCCUGGAGGACCCGAGGUCAGCUAUCGUGAAGUCAGUGAAACGAACGGCAAUAAUUAA